AUGUUGAAUAGGUCAUUUGCGAGAGCAGGUUCGAAAGGAUUGGCCAUUCCCAGAGGCUCGCUUUGCAAACCGUUGUUUGGCUUGGGAAUGAUCAGAAAGUUUUCGAAGUCCACCAGACUUUCAAAUCAAGAAGAAUUACCAGACUUAAAUGAAUUGCCUAGAAAGUUUUCUAAAGAGAUCCACAGACCUUUGGAGAACCCCGCUGAUAAAUAUAAGGAGAAGUCUGAAGAGCUACACAAGUUUGGCAAAUAUAUUAUGGGUUGUUUACCCAAAUUUAUUCAGCAGUUUUCAGUUUGGAAAGACGAAUUAACCAUUUAUGUUGCUCCUUCAGCCUUGAGACCAACAAUUCUUUUCUUGAAGAAUCAUACAUCUUCUCAAUUUAAGGCAUGUAUGGAUGUAACGGCUGCAGAUUAUCCUUCUAGAACUAACAGAUUCGAUGUUGUCUAUAAUUUAUUGUCUGUGAGAUACAACUCAAGAAUUAGAGUUAAGACAUAUGCAAGUGAAGUAAGUUCAGUUCCUUCACUUGUACCACUCUUUGAAGGCACCAAUUGGUUUGAAAGAGAGGUUUAUGACUUGUUUGGGAUAUUUUUUGAGGGCCAUCCUGAUUUGAGAAGAAUUAUGACUGAUUAUGGAUUUGAGGGGCAUCCAUUAAGAAAGGAUUUCCCUACAACUGGUUACACAGAGCUUAGAUAUGAUGAAGAAAAAAAGAGAAUUGUAUACGAACCGCUAGAAUUGACACAAGCAUGGAGGAACUUUACUGUUGGUUCUUCCGUCUGGGAACAGGUUGGCGAUGGUCAAGACUUCACUCCUGAAUCAUUUAAAUUACCUACACCUGAACCCGAACCAAAGGAAGAUGAAGCCCAAAAGAAGCAAUGA